AUGGCGCCCUCCGCAUCGAAACAAAAGCGCCUCGCCGAAAAGGCCGCAAAGCAGGCCGCAAAAGGCGGCACCGACGCAUCGAGCGCCACGCCCUCGGCCUCGGUCUCCAAGAACGGCAGUUCGGUCAACACGCCGCUCACGAGCCAGAGCGCGGCGACGAGCCAGGAUGAUCUGCUGUCUAUGGCCAAACUCAACCUUGCUACGGACAGGAGCGCGGCGGGUGUGCUCGUUUCUGACCCCAAGGGCCGCGACAUCAAGAUCGACUCGUACACGCUCUCCUUCCACGGCCGUCUCCUGAUCGAGAACGCCGAGCUCUCGCUGAACUACGGCCAGCGGUACGGUCUGCUCGGCCAGAACGGAUCCGGAAAGUCUACGCUAUUGCAAUCCAUCGCCGAGCAGGAUAUCCAGCUCCCGGAGCACAUCGACGUCUACAUUGUCCGUGGCGAGGCCGAGCCCUCAGACGUCAAUGCGCUCGACUUCAUCGUCGCAUCCGCAAAAGCCAAAGUCGCCAAGCUCGAAGCGCGUCUCGAGGAGCUCUCCAUCGCAGAUGAGGUAGACGAGAUCGCGCUCGAACAGGUCACCGAGGAGCUCGAGGAGAUGGACCCCGCGACAUUCGAAGCCAAAGCCGGCUCUAUCCUCCACGGUCUCGGAUUCUCCCAGCAGAUGAUGGCCAAGCCCACGAAGGACAUGUCCGGUGGAUGGCGUAUGCGUGUCGCGCUCGCCCGCGCACUGUUCAUCAAGCCGCACUUGCUCAUCCUCGACGAGCCGACGAACCAUCUCGAUCUCGGAGCCGUCGUCUGGCUUGAGGCGUACUUGUCGACGUACAACCACAUCUUGAUCCUUACGAGUCACUCGCAGGAUUUCAUGGACAGCGUGUGCACGAACAUCAUGGACCUUACGAUGAAGAAGAAGUUGAUCUACUACGGUGGUAACUACACGACGUACGUCAGGACGAAGCAGGAGAACGAGGUCAACCAGAUGAAGGCGUACAACAAGCAGCAGGAGGAGAUUGCGCACAUCAAGAAGUUCAUUGCUUCUGCCGGUACAUACGCCAACCUCGUCAAGCAGGCAAAGUCGAAGCAGAAGAUUAUCGACAAGAUGGAGGCUGCCGGUCUGAUCGAGAAGAUCGAGGUCCCGCGCCCGCUCAACUUCAGGUUCGAGGACAUCCGCAAGCUGCCGCCGCCUAUCAUCGCGUUCGACCAGGUUGCGUUCUCUUACUCAGGUAAGAAGGAGGACUACCUGUACCAGAACUUGUCGUUCGGUAUCGACAUGGACUCCCGCAUCGCCAUCCUCGGCGCCAACGGAGCAGGCAAAUCGACUCUUCUGAACCUCAUCACGGGCGUCUUACAACCCGUCGAGGGCACGAUCUCCAAGCACGCCUCCCUCAAGCUCGCAAAGUACUCGCAGCACUCCGCGGACCAGCUCCCGUACGAGAAGUCGCCGCUCGAGUACUUCCAGUCGCUCUUCCACGAGAAGUACCCGGAGAAGGACACGCAGGCGUGGAGGGCGCAGCUCGGUCGGUUCGGUUUGAGCGGGGCGCAUCAGACUAGUCCGAUCAAGCAGUUGUCGGAUGGGUUGAGGAACCGUGUCGUCUUCUCGCAACUCUCAAUGGAACACCCGCACAUCCUCCUGCUCGACGAGCCGACGAACCACUUAGACAUGGAAUCGAUCGACGCGCUCGCGCGCGCCAUCAAAGACUUCGAGGGCGGCGUCGUCAUCGUCUCGCACGACUUCCGGCUCAUCUCGCAGGUCGGCGACGAGCUGUGGGAGGUCGCGGACAAGCGGAUACGGAACUUGACGAAGGAGGAUAUCAGCAUCGUGCAGUAUAAGAAGAGGCUGGCGCAGGCGAGUAUGGCGGCGAUUGAGAAGGCGAAGUUGGUUAGCAAGUCGAGCAAGUAG